AUGGGGAACUGGAGUCGUUCCCAUGGGCAGAAGAAGUACACGGAGUGCAGCAAGUGUCAGAAUUGGGUCUACGAUUGGCAGCUUCGCAAGCAAGGCGGCUGCUGCGGGAAGUGCGGGACGCUGCAACAGAAGCAGCUGGAGUUGCUCAAGCAGCUGCGCGACUGCUUCCCCGCGAACGCGCAGAUCAUCCUGGCCAUGCAGGCGGACUUGGCCGAGCCGCCCGAGCCGCCUCCGAAGUCACCGUGGUGUUGGCGCCUGCCGACCGCUACAAGAAGCAGAGCCGCGGGCGCCGGCGGCUCCACCAGCGCGCUGCCCACCGACGCCGCUGGCGCCGGCGGCCGCGCGGGCUGGUGCGUGAACCAGGGACCGCGCGGGAACAUGGAGGAUGCGGUUGACGUCAUCUCCCAGCUCGACGUCGCUGAGCCUACGGAGUUCUAUGCGGUCUACGACGGGCACGGCGGCACCGAGGCCGUGACCUUCGUCAAGAGGCGGCUGCCGCAGGCCGUCUGCCGCGGCCGCGACGCCCUCGGCGACGCGCGGCAGAUCGGAGAGGCACUGCGCGAG